UUUCUCCAUGGGGCAGAAAUUUACAGAGAGCCUGUCCUCGUUCCUCUUUGAAUAUGACACCCCUCGGAUGGUUCUGGUGCGCAACAAAAAGGUGGGACUUACGUUCCGGCUAAUCCAGCUGGUGGUCCUGGCCUACAUUAUAGGGUGGGUUUUCCUCUAUGAGAAAGGCUACCAGUCCCGGGAUGGUAUCAUCAGCUCUGUCUCUGUGAAAGUCAAAGGGCUGACUCUUACAAAUUUCAGCGAGAUGGGCCCGCACAUCUGGGACGGCACCGAUUACGUUUUCCCACCUCAGGGAGAUAGUUCCUUUGUGGUGAUGACCAAUUUCAUCAUUACUCCAGGACAGAAACAGAGAAGGUGCCCUGAGAAUCCUGAAACAGGGCUGUGUAAUGAAGACGUUAAAUGUACUGCCGGAAAGCACCCUCGUGGAGGUCAAGGCAUCACGACUGGGAAGUGUGUGAAUUUUAACAAUACAGCAAAGACCUGUGAAAUCUUUGGCUGGUGCCCAGUAGAAAUUGAUGACGUUGUUCCUAACCCACCACUGCUGCUAGAAGCAGAAAACUUCACCUUAUUUAUCAAGAACAGUAUUACUUUCCCCAGGUUCAAAGUUUCUAGACGCAAUCUUGUGGAGAAGGUCACCAAGCACUACCUCAAGAACUGCACCUAUCACAAAGUCAGAGAUCCGUUGUGCCCAGUGUUUGAAUUGGGAUAUAUUGUGGAAGAGUCAGGACAGAAAUUUUCUACUUUAGCUCAGAAGGGUGGUGUCGUUGGCAUUACUAUAAGCUGGGACUGUGACCUUGACUGGUCUGUGAAGCACUGCAUCCCCGUUUACAAUUUCCAUGGCCUGUAUAAUGAAGAUAAUAACCUCUCUCCUGGCUUCAACUUCAGAUAUGCCAAGUAUUACCGAGAAAAUGGGAGCGAUGUAAGGACCCUGUACAAGGUGUUUGGAAUCCGAUUUGAUAUUCUGGUCAACGGAAAGGCAGGAAAAUUUGACAUUAUUCCAACAAUGACCACUAUCGGCUCUGGGAUUGGCAUCUUUGGAGUGGCUUCCGUCCUCUGCGACCUGCUUCUCUUGCAUUUCUUGCCCAAGCGCGACUAUUACAAGCAAAAGAAGUUCAAGUACGCGGAACAAGACUCCCUCAAACCGGGAAAAGAAGAUGCUGUCAGUUCCUCCAUGUGCAACUUGCAAGAGAAGGAAAAAGUUUCUCAAUGAGAGUGAUUGGCACUGACCACAAACCCCAUCUUGUCUUCCUCCUCCUCUAAUCCACUGCAAACGGCUUGUAUCAGCCUGAACAAUAUCUACUGAAUUUGUCUUUCUCUGGGACUUUUGUCUUCCCUGGGGAUGGAGAGACAGGAGUCUGUGGAAUUCUUGGAAAGCAUUUGAACACCUUUGGUGAACACUGAGAAAGCGCUUAAAGAAAAAUCUGCAAAGGCCUAAGCUAUGGUUGGAUUCUGACUGCCAUAUUCUACCUUCUCUGAGGUGGAAUUUGGAGCCCUCGAGUCAAGCAGUGGCUGAAGAUGAAUUAGGCUGAUAAAAUUACCGAUCCAUCUAUACAACAGAUUCGUAUCUUGCCCUUCUCCCAUGAGAAGGGUAUGCUGUUCAGGGCACAUGUAUGUGAUUCACUUCUCUAUUUUGUUAUCCCAACAACCCUGUGAGGUAGGUUAGGUUGAGAAAGCGACUAAUUCAAGAGCUUCACAGCAAAUCAGGGAUAUGAACAUGGGUCUAGUUGGGUGCUCUAAUCACUACACCAUGCCACCUCUUAGAAUACUGUCGUGUUUCUUUGGGAAGUCUAGGAACUGACUGACACUAGCCAAUGGCUACCAUGCAGGGGCUAAGACUUGUGCCUUCUGGUCCUUUUUUUGAACCUUGCAAUUGUGCAACUCACAGCAAACAAGACAACUGCUCUCAGACAAAAAGUACCGGUUUAGAAGCUGAGCAAUUCUACUUGAGAAGGAUGAACGCCAGCUAGAAAAGGUUCCAAAAAGGGCAACUGAAAUGCUGGCGGGGUAGUAAUUGUCUUCCUACAGGAAAAAAACUAAAGUUUUUGUGGAUUUUUAUUUUAAGAAAAGGGGAGAAUGUGAAAUAAGUUUAUAAAAUUAGGCCACAUGAUGUAUAAGAAGAAGAAGGAGAAAACCUCUCCCUCUCCCAUAGUAUUAGAAUUCAGGGACACCAAGUGAGUUGAUGGGCUGUAGGUUCAGGAGACACUUCUUCACUCAACUUAUGGAACUCCUUGCCACAAGGUGUAACAAUGGUCACUAGGUUAGAUGGCUCUAAAAAGGGGUUAAACCAAUUCUUGAGGGAUGGCUCUAUCAAUGGCUAUUAGCCACGAUGGUGAAAUGGAACUUCCAUGUUCAGUGCAUAUCUUUGCAUGCUAGCUGAGGAAGUGGGGAAUUUGGCUUUCUGGGCUUUCCAGAGGCCUAUUGUUGACUACUGUUGGAAACAGGGUGCCAGAUCACAUGCUUGAACUUUAGUCUGAUCCAGGAGGGCUCCUUUUAUGUUCUUCUCCACAAGCUCACUUAAUUGUGCAACUGACCAAAUGCACAACACACACACAUGGACAAACACACCUUUCCGAGACACAACGACCACCACCCCUUUCAUUCAACAGCACUUAGAACUGUUCCUUGUUGCAUGUUCCGGGGGUAAGGAAAGCUGCAGAGGGUCAUUUUGUAAUAAUAUUCUUUAUUUUUUAAGAAAACGAAUGAAAUAAACCUCUAGUUUUGGUACUACC